AUGCCGGUCCGCAAUAACUCAAGGCCCGCCCUCACUCCCGUCGUUCACUCCCGUCGUUCUCUCUCUCCCGUCAAACUCUUUCUCCCAUCGCGCUCUCACUCCCAUCGCUCUCUCACUCCCGCAACGCUCUCACUCCCGUCGCUCUCUCACUCCCGUCGCUCUCUCACUCCCGUCGCUCUCUCACUCCCGCAACGCUCUCACUCCCGUCGCUCUCUCACUCCCGUCACGCUCUCACUCCGUCUCUCUUACUUCCGUCACGCUUUUACUACCGUCGCUCUCUCACUCCCGUCGCUCUCUCGCUUCCGUCGCGCUCUCACUACCAUCGAUCUCUCACGCCCGCAACGCUCUCACUCCGUCGCUCUCUCACUCCCGUCGCUCUCUCAUUCCCGUCGCUCUCUCACUCCCGUCGCUCUCUCACUCCCGUCGCUCUCUCACUCCCGUCGCUCUCUCACUUCCGUCGCACUCUCACUCCCGUCGCUCUCUCACUUCCGUCCCGCUCUCACUCCCGUCACCCACGCACGUCGCUCGCACAUGUCGCUCAUAUCUGCUCCUUCCCCCCUCUUCCCCCUUGCGCCCUUCCCCGUUCCUCCUCUUCCCAUCUUCCUUUGUCACUCACACACGUCACACACGACAUGCUCACACAUGUUCCCAUCUCCCCUCUCCUCCCUUCCCUCUCCGCUGCUCUCCUCCUUUCCCUCUCUGUCCCCCUCCUUCCCUUCUCUGUCUUCGCCUCGCCGCCCUCCCACUCAUCCCCUCUCCUUCCUUUCCCUCUCAGCCCCUCUCCUCCUUUCCCUCUCAGCCCCUCUCCUCUUUUCCCUCUCAGUCCCUCUCUUCCUUUACCUCUCUCCCGUUUUCUCCCUUUAUCUCUCCUCUGCCCGCUCUGCCCUUUCCUCUACCUUCCCUAUCCUUAUGUCCACCAACAUGCCCUUUGAUGAGCUCGCCACGUUUCUCCCUCUCUGUUUCUUGUUCUUCACUCCGUUUCCCCCAUUGUCCUUCCCUAUCUUUCCCCCCGGUCAUUCCCUCCAUCUCACUUAUUGUCACUGCCUCCCUUUCCCAUUGUCCUCUCCUCCGUUUCGCCCCUUUUUCCUUCCAACCUUUCCCCCAUGUCCUUCCUUCCGUAUUCCCCCUUAUUUCUUCCUCCCUGUCCCACUUUCCCUCCUUCUCAAGACCCUUGUCCGUCCCUCGGGCUCCCCGCUUCAGCUCUCCCUCCCUUUCCCCCCUGUUCUGCCCUCCCAGUUGCUGGUGUCUCCCUCCCUUUCGCCCAAGUCCUUCCCUCCGUUUCCCCCCUUGUUCGUUGCUCCGUAUCCCCGUGUGCUGGAUCCGUUUCUCCUCUUGUCUCCAUCUUUUUCCCUUUCCGCAGCUCCCGCCCCUCCGAUUUCCCCCCUGAUAGGGUUCCUGCCGGCGGCAGCAGCAGCCAACCUCACAGAGGAAGUGGUGGUUCGCUUUGACUGCCUUUCCAACGCUCGAGAGCUCUCACGCCCACGACCACAGGCACACCACACACCCCUGACACUGAGGUAG